CGUGGGAGGAAGUUCUCCAGCUGACCAGCUUUCCCCACAUGGAAAGGACCACAGCAGGGACACCUGAGCUCCCCAACAGAUAUUCAACGCCAAGGGAUGCACAGCCAUGAGGGAGAUUGUGCUCACGCAGGCCGGGCAGUGCGGGAACCAGAUCGGCGCCAAGUUCUGGGAGGUGAUCUCGGAUGAACACGCCAUCGACUCCGCGGGCACCUACCACGGGGACAGCCGCCUGCAACUGGAGCGCAUCGACGUGUACUACAACGAGGCCUGCGGUGGCAGGUACGUGCCCCGCGCUGUGCUGGUGGAUCUGGAGCCGGGCACCCUGGACUCUGUGCGCUCGGGGCCCUUUGGGCAGAUCUUCAGGCCGGACAACUUCAUCUUCGGUCAGUGUGGGGCCGGAAACAACUGGGCCAAGGGGCACUACACAGAAGGCGCGGAGCUGAUGGAGUCAGUGAUGGACGUUGUCAGAAAGGAGGCUGAGAGCUGUGACUGCCUGCAGGGUUUCCAGCUGACCCACUCCCUGGGUGGGGGGACGGGGUCUGGGAUGGGCACCCUUCUGCUCAGUAAGAUCCGGGAGGAGUACCCAGACAGGAUCAUAAACACAUUCAGCAUCCUGCCCUCGCCCAAGGUGUCAGACACGGUGGUGGAGCCCUAUAAUGCCACCCUCUCGGUCCACCAGCUCAUAGAAAAUGCAGACGAGACCUUCUGUAUAGACAACGAAGCGCUCUACGACAUCUGUUCCAGGACCCUAAAACUGCCCACGCCCACCUACGGUGACCUGAACCACCUGGUGUCUGCCACCAUGAGCGGGGUCACCACGUGCCUGCGCUUCCCCGGCCAGCUGAAUGCUGACCUGCGGAAGCUGGCUGUGAACAUGGUCCCGUUUCCCCGGCUGCAUUUCUUCAUGCCUGGCUUUGCCCCACUGACCAGCCGGGGCAGCCAGCAGUACCGGGCCCUGACGGUGGCUGAGCUUACGCAGCAGAUGUUUGAUGCUAGGAAUAUGAUGGCCGCGUGUGACCCCCGCCAUGGCCGCUACCUAACGGCAGCUGCCAUUUUCAGGGGUCGCAUGCCCAUGAGGGAGGUGGAUGAACAAAUGUUCAACAUUCAAAAUAAGAACAGCAGCUACUUCGCUGACUGGCUCCCCCACAACGUCAAAACGGCCGUCUGUGACAUCCCACCCCGGGGGCUAAAAAUGUCAGCCACCUUCAUUGGGAACAACACGGCCAUCCAGGAACUCUUCAAGCGUGUCUCAGAGCAGUUUACAGCGAUGUUCCGGCGCAAGGCCUUCCUCCAUUGGUAUACCAGCGAGGGAAUGGAUGAGAUGGAAUUUACCGAGGCGGAGAGCAAUAUGAACGACCUGGUUUCUGAGUAUCAACAGUAUCAGGAUGCCACGGCCGAGGAGGAGGAGGAGUUUGAGGAGUAUGCAGAGGAGGAGGAGGAGGCCUAG